CUGCCUCCCCCGCCGCCGCCAGCCAUGGGCGCCGCGCCGCGCUGCCCGCCCUGGGCGCUGCUGGCCCUGGCCGCGGCCAUGGCGCUGCCCGCCCCGGUCCUUCCCGCCCCGGCGCUGCAGCCCCAGCCCCAUCCCGAGCCGCUGCUGCUGCCUCACGGCCCGGGGCACGGCGACGCGGCGCUGGAGCACGGCGACGACUCUCGCUCGGCGGCGCUGGAGCUGCGCAGGGCGCUGCGCUUCUACGGGGCGGCCGUGCGCUCCCUACACGUUGCCACAAAUGGGAUUGUCGCAGUGAAUGAACCUUCAAAUGAGGAAAAAUACCUCGGUCAAUUCCCUGUCAGUUUUGGGGCUAUUGCGCCCUUUAUGGCUGAUCUGGAUACAACAGAUGGACAUGGAAAUGUGUAUUACAGAGAAGAUUCAUCCUCAGGGGUCUUGAAACUUGCAUCAGACUAUAUCAAAAGGGGGUUUCCUGAGGCCACUUUCGAACCCAGCAGCGUUGUUAUUGUUACCUGGAAGCUUGUGGCUCCUUACCAGGGACCUGGAGAAGAUCCUGCUUUGGAAGAAAAGAGAAACACAUUCCAGGCUGUUCUAGCCUCAUCCGAUUCCAGUUCAUAUGCUAUUUUCCUUUACCCAGAAGACAGUUUGCAGUUCUAUAGUACCUACUCCAAGAAUGAUGAUGGGAAGAUUCCUGCUAUGGUUGGCUUUAGCCAAGCCUCCACAAACUACUACUUUUGGGAAAAGCCGGGAUCCUACAAUAUCAUCGCUAAUGAUGAAGACAGCAUUAGAAACUUGCACAAAAGCAGCAAUGCUGGGAAGAAGGGAGUCUGGGUGUUUGAGAUUGGUAGCUCGUCUGACAGUAUUGUGCCUGCCAAGAUCAGCAAUGUUCUGGAGAGCCUAGAAUCCAGUGAACAAGACCAGGAGUUGACAUCAAAGCCAUUUAUGUCAGACUAUGGCUCCACUGAAAUAAGACAACAGUAUGUCACCAGCAGUAUGGACAGUAUAGAAGAGGAUCAGCACAUUACGUAUAGCGUUCCUCAGUUAGCUGCAGAAGACUUUGUAACUUCAUACCAAGAUGUAACAGGAACACCUUCAACUGAGUCGUUUUACAGUCAUCAAGACUUCCCAACAGCAAAAGCUGCACCUCGCCAGUUCCCGGCCCAGCGGUUCCCCCCACAGGAACCCCAGGUCAUAGAUGUGGAAGAAUUUGAUGAAACUGGUAUUGUGUUCCGCUACCACACGGAUGUCCAGCAGACCUGUGCUAACAAUCGCCACCAGUGCUCUGUUCACGCUAUCUGCAAAGAUUACCCCAAUGGAUUUUGCUGCAGUUGUAUUGCUGGUUACAAAGGAAACGGCAGACAAUGUGUAGCAGAAGGUUCCCCUCAAAGAGUUAAUGGGAAAGUCAAAGGAAGAAUCUUUGUAGGAAAUAACCCCGUGCCAGUUACGUUUGAGAACACCGAUCUCCACUCCUACGUCGUGAUGAACCAAGGACGUGCCUACACUGCUAUCAGCACUAUCCCAGAGACCUUGGGGUAUUCUUUAUUGCCUCUUGCCUCUAUUGGAGGUAUAAUAGGAUGGAUGUUUGCUGUGGAACAGCAAGGAUAUAAAAAUGGAUUCAGCGUUACUGGUGGUGAGUUUACACGGCAAACAGAAGUUACUUUUCUUGGCAACAAUGAGAAGCUGGUGAUAAAGCAGAAAUUCAGUGGCAUUGAUGAGCAUGGUCACCUUACUAUCAGCACAGAAAUGGAGGGCAGAAUACCUGAGAUCCCCUCUGGUGCAUCAGUUCAUAUUGAACCAUACACUGAACUCUAUCACACUUCUAGUUCUGUUAUCACUUCCUCAUCCACCCGAGAGUACACAGUGACAGAGCCAGAAAGGGAUGGGGUUGCUUCCACAUACACAGGUGCCUAUCAGUGGCGACAGACCAUCUCCUUUGAUGAAUGCAUUCAUGAUGAGUCGUUACAUGCUACUUCUGCUACUCAGCAGCUCUCAGUGGACAGUGUAUUUGUCCUGUAUAACAGAGAUGAGCAAAUUCUGCGAUAUGCUAUGAGUAAUUCCAUCGGCCCAAUCAGUGAUGGUUCUGCUGAUAUUAACCGGAAUCCUUGCUACACGGGUACCCAUAAUUGUGACACCAAUGCAAUAUGUCGUCCAGGAACUGGAAAUCGUUUCUUCUGUGAAUGUUCGGUUGGCUUCCGUGGAGAUGGAAACGUUUGUUAUGAUGUUAAUGAAUGUUCAGAGCAACCAGCUCUAUGUGGCAGCAAUGCAGUUUGCAAUAACCAGCCAGGAACCUACCGAUGUGAGUGUGUAGACGGAUACCAGUUUGCAGCAGAUGGGCAGACUUGUGUUGCUGUUGAAUAUGCCGUAAACCACUGUCAGACAGGCACACAUGGUUGUGACAUUCCUCAGCGUGCUCAGUGUGUGUACACUGGUGGCUCUGCCUACAUCUGCACGUGCCUCCCUGGCUUCUCUGGAGACGGGCGUGCCUGUGAGGAUACAGACGAAUGUCAACAGGGCCGCUGUCAUCCUGAUGCUUUCUGCUACAACACUCCUGGGUCCUUCAGCUGCCAGUGUAAGGCAGGUUAUCGUGGGGAUGGUUUCCAGUGUGUAUUAGGAGGAGUGGAAAAGACCAGAUGUCAGCAUGAGCAAGAAGUAGCUCUUGCAAGCGGAGGCGCCUUCUUCCAAAGAGAGAUGAGAGUGGCUCAGUUCAUUCCUCAGUGUGAUGAGCAUGGCAAUUACCUGCCCACUCAGUGCCAUUCCAGCACCGGAUAUUGCUGGUGUGUGGAUAGGGAUGGAAAUGAGAUUGAUGGCACCAGGAGUGGCCCAGGAGUUCAACCACCAUGUCUGAGCACAGCUGCUCCUCCUGUUGCUAUUGGGCCCUCUGUUCGACCAGACACGAUACCCCUGCCUCCAGGAACACACUUGCUCUUUGCCCAAAGUGGGAAAAUUGAGCAUGUUCCACUAGAGGGAAACAAUAUGAAGAAAAAUGGUGCAAAAGCACUCUUGCAUAUUCCAGACAAAGUUAUUAUUGGAGUUGCUUAUGAUUGCAUGGACAAGAUGGUUUAUUGGACAGACAUCAGUGGCCCUUCGAUCAGCAGAGCUAGCCUGCAUGGUGGGGAACCAACAACCAUCAUCAAAACAGACUUGGGAAGCCCUGAGGGGAUAGCUGUAGAUCAUCUGGGUCGCAACAUCUUCUGGACUGACUCUCAACUUGAUAGAAUAGAAGUGGCUAGGCUGGAUGGGCGCCAGCGUCGCAUCCUUUUUGACAGUGGCCUGGUGAACCCCAGAGCAAUUGUUGUGGACCCUGUGAGAGGAAACUUGUACUGGACUGACUGGAACAGAGAAGCUCCUAAAAUUGAAACCUCAUACAUGGAUGGCACAAACAGAAGAAUACUCGUUAAGGAUGAUCUGGGAUUACCAAAUGGACUGACAUUUGAUCCUUAUUCCUCAAUGCUGUGUUGGGUAGAUGCAGGUACAAAGAGACUGGAAUGCAUGAACCCUAAUCAGUUUGGUCGACGAAAGAUUGUUGAAGGAAUUCAGUAUCCUUUCAGUGUUACAAGCUAUGGGAAGAACUUAUACUACACGGACUGGCGCAGGGAUGCUGUUGUAGCAGUGGAUCGCGUGGUUUCAAUAGAAAAUGAUAACUUCCAGCCUCACAAGCGCUCCCGUCUCUAUGGCAUCACUACAGCCUUUGCUCAGUGCCCAGGAGGACACAAUUACUGCUCAGUGAAUAAUGGUGGUUGUACUCACCUCUGCCUGGCUACCCCAGGAGGCCGUACUUGCCGCUGCCCUGACAACACAGUUGGAGUGGAUUGUAUAGAAAGAAACUGAGCAUUAAAACAAGUUUUCCAGUGGCAGUCACUUUUUGGAAAUGUGCUGUAAACAAUUCACUUCUAUAAAUACAAUCAGGCCCUAAAGUUAAAUGCUGCAUGCUGUUGACAGCAAGCAACAAUGCAUGUAUGCAGACACACACAGGCAAUGACUGUUUUGUAGCAGUUAGGCAAGACAGAGCUAGCCAGUUUGGGUCCAACUCUAUCUUGUUCCCUGUAAUACUACCUUCGUGCUUUAAAUUUAAACGUGGAGGCCUUAGUUGCACCUGUGCUGGGCUAGGAGGAAGUGUGUGUCUUGACAAAAUUAAAGUACUGAAUAUAGAAUGGAGUAGAGGAUGGUGAUGGUGGGAUUCUGAGACUGGGUUGUACCUCAAAGCAUGCAGCAGUUAUCUGCAAAGUGGUAUGGUGUGCUUUGCCCUUCACAUACGUGGCUGGGCUGUAUCUUUAGCAGAGAAGCAGCCAAGGGGUCCCAAGGAUGAAUAGGUGUGGAUGGGAACACCCAGUAAUAUCACAGAUUUAAUGCCUAACUCCAUUCAUUCCCACUACUAGUCUUUACACUUCCAAAACUUGAAUCUAAACUUCUGAUUCUUGUGUUACAGAAAUACUUUAUCCACAUGCUUUAAGGGUAGUUCUCACUAACCUCAUGUGAUCCCUUUACACAGCAUGUGAUUCUUGAUAGAUGGUCAGCACUGCUUAGUGGAUGUAUUUGAAGUUUUUGCUGGAUUUUGAGAGAUUUAUUUUAAUUGUCUGAUGUGGAUUCUGGAGUAGUUUCCUAAAAUCCACUAAACAAACUUUAGACAUAGAUCUCAAUUGCUCAUCAAAGACUGUUGUUCAUCAAAGAAUGGAUGUUGAUUCAUUUGGAGGUGUUUCUUUUAUUAAAGACAAAGUCAUAUUUGUUUCCUGAGAAGUUGAAAAAUAAUAUUUGUGUUUGAUUCUAUAAGCCUGAGAAUGAUCUUAGAACUAAACUGUAGCCAUCUGUCUUCUUAAACUAGUCACAUCAUGCAUUUUUCGUAGGCAGUGAGAAACAUGAGAAUUAAUAAUCUGGCUUCCAGAAAGGUCAGCUGUGUCUUGGUGCUUAAAAGACAAAAGGUGGUGCUGCCCCAUUUGUGUGCCAGUGUUCGGUAACAGCAAAAAGGUAUGUUGAAAGUCUAAGCAAAAUUGUAGCAUGUUUUCAACAUCACAGUGAGUUUGGAGAUAGGGAGCAAAAUCAAAAUCCAUAUUCUUAAUGUUGAAGUAGCAGUACAAAGCCAAGAGUGAAGUUUAUCUUCUACAGUUUGUGUUGGGAAGGAAGCUUAUGUGCAAGCCUACUUCAGUCGGCACACAUUUCGCAAUAAUGUUUUGAUCUGAGCAGUAAGCUAUUAACACCCAUUUCCUCACUCCCUCUUCAGACACUACAGUUAAGCUUUCUAGAGAGCCAAUUAAGCUUCAUACAGAGCCACAGUCUUAACUGUGGCAUCUUCCUCUUUAAUUGUAUAUUUAUCAUAAAAAUAGCAAUGUAAACAUUUUAAAGAUUGUUUUUGUAUAACUUUUUGUAACUUUUAAUUCAUUUUACUCAUACACUUAAUCAGGAAUGUCUUACUGUAAAUAUCAAAAACGUGUUGAAAUGAAGGUGCUUGAUAAUUCUUUCUCCAGAAGUGUUCACAUAUCUGGUGAAAUAUUAAAGUUUACACUCUGUACAGAUAUCUACAGUACAGUCAAUAAAAAUGUUUGUUUUUUUAA